AUGACCUCCAAGAUCCACGAUGUGGUCCAGAAUGUGUUGGUUGCCGCUGUUUCUGCUAUCAGCGCUGUUUCAACCACUUCGGCAUCAGCUUCACCCAUUCCAGCAUCAACUCCUGUUCCAGCUAUCACUGUGUCACCUGUGUUAGUGCCUGCUCCACUGGCUGUAGUGCCUCAGGUCAAUGUGACCUACCAUGUGCCAGUGGCUGACGCUAUGGGACCCUUCUACUGGGUGACUCAUGGCCGCUGCAUUGGCAUAUUCUCUACUUGGCAACAGACCUCCUCCCAUGUGACCGGCAUGAGCAGGGCCUCUUUUUCGAAGGUCCGCUCAGUAGCCGAAGGCAUUCAGUUGAUGGAAGAGGCGAUUGACCGUGGUGAAACGGAGGUGUUGAUGUAA